GCGAGAGGCAGCGUUUCCCGGCUUGCUCUCAUCCCCACACUCUGAGCAGCGGACGUCCUCGUCGCAACUAUGUCUCUCAACCAGUACGGGCCCAUUGCAGGCCUCGUCGGCCAAGCCUACGACUCCUUUGCGUCCAUGUCCGCCACAAAUCUCGCCCUCUUCCUCCUUGUCAACAUCCCCGUGCUUUCGAUUGUUUGCAACGUCAUCUACCAGCUGUUACCGAAGGACAAGUCGCUGCCUCCGGUAGCGUGGCAUUGGAUUCCGUGGUUUGGCUCUGCGGCCGCGUAUGGACAGGAUCCCAUCAAAUUCUUCUUUGACUGCAAGGAGAAGUAUGGCAAUGUCUUCACCUUUAUCCUUUUGGGACGUAAAGUCACUGUGGCGCUCACAUCAGCUGGCAACAACUUUAUCAUGGGUGGGAAGCACACGACCUUUUCUGCUGAGGACGCAUACACACAUCUGACAACCCCCGUCUUCGGUAAAGACGUCGUGUACGACUGUCCCAAUGAGCUCCUCAUGGAACAGAAGAAGUUCGUCAAGUUCGGCCUCUCGACAGAGAACUUCCGUCAAUAUGUCUACAUGAUCGAGGACGAAGUCACUCAGUUCAUGAAGAACGAUGCUGGCUUCAAAGUUUUCCAAAUGAACGACAUCAACGAAUGGAGCUCUUUCGACGUCCUGAAGGUUAUGUCGGAGAUUACGAUUCUGACCGCUUCUCGCACUUUGCAAGGCAACGAAGUUCGGGCCAAAAUUACCAAAGAGUACGCUCAGAUUUACAGCGACCUAGAUGGCGGCUUCACCCCUCUUCACUUCAUGUUCCCUAACCUUCCACUCGAAUCCUACCGCAAGCGUGAUGCAGCGCACAAGAAGAUUAGUGAUUUCUAUAUCAGCAUCAUACAGAAGCGUAGGG